AUGACGAACCUCAACUUCACGAAUUCAGAGAUACGUCUCACCACCGCAGCGCUUGCUUCAGUCGCGGCCCUAGUACCAGCCGCCUACUUCCUCCUACCCAAGCUUAAAACUCUCUACGACAGCCAUCAAGAAUCAACGCGACAACAACAUCUUGAGACCUUUCACUCCCUCCUCAGAGCAUACAGCACCCUCCAACCAUCCUCCAUCUCCGCACUCGCCUCUCCUACCUUCUUCACCCACACCAUUCUCCCCUCCUCACUUGAGAUACCCUCCCGAGACCUCGCACCUUUCACCCAGCAUGCCACGCAGAUCUUCUCACUCUUCUCGUCCUUCCAGAUGAUACCUCAGGGCACAAUACAUUUCGCACCUGGCUCAGACGCAGUGAUCGCACACUGCAAGAUGGGAGGAACGGUGAAUGGGGAGAGCGAGAGCGGUAAGAAGUUGGUGGGAGGUGGAUUGAGGGAGUGGUGGACGGAGUGUGUGUUGAUGGUUAGGAUGGAGGAAGGGGGGAAGAGGAUAACGGAGAUCAGGGAGUUCGUGCAUAGCGCAAAAGCGGAAGAGUUGAAGAAGAGGAUUAUGGGAGUUUUUGAGGGAUGA